GCACGAAGAAAUCUGUGAGAAGGAGUCAACUUUAAAAUUUGCACUUUGGAAAGAUGUUUUGUCUGUAUGUGUAAUGGAAAGCUCGUAGGUGGUCACCACACGCAUAAAGCCAUUGUCUUCAGUUCAUAUACAAAUAUGGCAACGUUCGCACCAAUCUUUCGUAUCCAUUCCGAUUUCCAGUUGUUUCAGUCGAAACAGAGGUUCUACAUUUCGCCAAACGUGCUGAUCUCCUCCUGCAUAUAAUUUUCCAUGAAACUUUAGCGUUUAUUCAGUGGAUUUCUCCGACAACGAGCAGAUUGACAAGAGCAGCACUGGACUUGGCGUUCUUAUUAGACAUGGCCAGGGGGCUCACUUUUCUCUUCUUGAUCAUUCUUGCGACCUCACUAAUGGUCGAAGAAAUUUCUGCAACGUCCGAUACAGCUCAGCUUAAGCCUUCAAUAUCAGGAGCAACCAGGCGGGUAUGGGAUCUAAUCAGAGGCGCCCAUUUCGAAAAUGUGAAUUUUGAAGUCUGGGAAUUCGACGAAAGCUCCAAAAAGAUGUUGCACUUGCAGGAAAAUAUGAGGACAGCCCUGCCGACUGCAUUCACUCUCUCAUCGAGUGUAACACAAGGAAACCGAAAACUGCUCGCACAAAUGCCGGGUGAGCCAGGCGUGAACCGACCUCCUAACAGAGGCUCGCCUCCAGGUCCAACUGGCUAGACAUGCACGCGACCGAUGAAUCAAAAUGACUAGCUAGAGUUGCAGGCGGACACGCAUCUACAGCCCGGGACACCUUCGGAACUAAAUCAACUGGACUUGACGUGAUUGUGUGUAUUUUCGUCACAAGCUCAAAAUUCGUAUUCGGCAUUGUUCAGUGAAGAUCGAUUUGGAGGGAAGUUCUGUAGUGGAGGCCAUCUUUGGAAAUCCCGUACGUACUCGAUGGCAUCCCAAUUGGUCAGGACGGUGAAAAUUUAGCGCCUUAGUGAAUUAUCUACAAAAGCGCCCUGAUUAGAAGCCAGGGGCGGAGAUUCCUUGCUGCCUCUUAACGACAGUUCGAUACUAUGUUAACACAAAACUACGCUAUUGUAUAGUACUCAUGAAAAUUCCUUCGAAAGUUGUGUCUUCUCAGUUUGAUUGUACUGGCACAUUUCUACUGUACAGCCAUGAACUCGAUUUUUAUUACAAUCGGAGU